GAGAGAGAGAGAGAGAGAGAGAGAGAGAGAGAGAGAGAGAGAGAGAGAGAGAGAAGUAAGUUUAGAUUUUUAUUUGCAGCCUCAAGGAAGCACAGGAGACAAUGUCGGGAGCUGGUGAACAUCCAACACAAACCAUGUGAGGGACUUGUUCGCCUCCGUGGCCAAUGACAGUGGCACAGUGAAAGAACACAAGAUGGCCGGGAAGGGCCCCCAAAUCACUGAUCCACUUCUGAGAAGUGUGGAGACGAGUGGAUGAACCAGUUUAUACGUUUUCCCCUGGGAUUCAAACAGCAUCACUGUUUCAGUUAUCCAGUGCCUGAGGAGGAAGAGGAGGAGGAGGAGGAGGGCACCAUGAUCCCAACAGCGCUCCGCUGGCUGGUCCUGCUGUCGUUUAUCAUUCUGACCAUCGGUGGGAACGUGCUGGUGUGUUUGGCCUUUGGCCUCAGCCGUCGACUGUGGCGCAUUGCCAACUGCUUCGUGGUGUCGCUGGCGGUGACGGACCUCCUGCUGGGCCUGCUGGUGCUGCCCUUGACCGCCACCGUGGAGCUGCGCAGCGGCAAGUGGCCACUCGGAGGGGCCCUGUGCAACAUCUACAUCUCCCUGGACGUCAUGCUUUGCACAUCGUCCAUCUUGACCCUGAUGGCAAUCAGCGUGGACCGGUACCUGGCCAUUUCGGCUCCCCUCAGCUACACCCGGAGAGUGACUCCGCCGAGGGUGACGCUGGCCCUCGCCGCCAUCUGGGCCCUGUCGCUGGCCGUGUCCUUUGUGCCCAUCCACCUAGGCUGGAACACGGCGGACUACAGAGUGCAGCACUUGGACUGGGGCAUGGGGGAUGAGGACAGAGAGGGACGCUACUGCCAGUUUGAAUGGAAUAACAACUAUGUUCUUAUUUAUGCCUUUGGCUCAUUUUACCUGCCGCUGCUGCUUAUGUGUGGGAUGUAUCUUUGCAUAUUCAGAGUGGCACGGGAACAGGUGCAGCGUAUUCGCGCUGCCACGCCAUCCCUACCUCGCAUAUCGUCGACUGCAGCCAUAGCGCGCGAGCACAAAGCCACCGUGACUCUGGCCGCUGUGCUGGGGGCCUUUGUCAUCUGCUGGUUCCCUUACUUCACCUACCUCACCUGCAUUGGCAUGAAGGAGAAGACGAACCCCCCUAACACGCUUCACUCUGUCAUCCUGUGGUUGGGCUACUUUAACUCGGCCCUGAACCCCAUCCUGUAUCCCGCCUUCAACAGGGACUUCCGCAGGGCCUACGGAGACCUGCUUCGCUGCAAAGGACCGACUCGCAGAAAACUCCCGUUCACUCUUGCGUGUGUGCACAAAAGAUUGACCUUUACCAACGGUCGAAAGGAGAAACAUACAGACAGAGUUAAGAACGAGAGAGAGGGAAAGAGCCUCCCUCUUCAUGAGAGAAACGGUUUCCCCGAUGAGCCGAGGUGAAAGUGCCGGACCGUAGAACUGCAGCACACUUGUUCCGUCACUUACCGUACCAGAUCAGCUAACCAUUUACAGUAUCUGUUAGAUGUUUUGUGUAUCGUGCCCAAGAUGACAAGAAGUUAUGUAAAACCCAAUGUGCAACAUCAUAAUUGUUAAAUAACCUUUUUCUUAGUCUAUUGGAUAGAUUAAGCAGAAUAAAAGGCCCGUGUGGUGGAAAUAAUGGGCGGCCGUUAUUUCCCUGAUGACUUUUUUCAGGGAGUGAAAAUCGCAGUCCCGGCGUGUCUGUUUGUCAGAGUGUGUAAAAAGCAUCCGACGAGGAAAAUCCAAGCAAAGAGCAGAGGGCCGAGUGGAACCAAUAGAUGACUCAGUACAUUUACCAGCAAACUGCGAAGAGAUAGAGACGGGGGGUUAAAAUUUUGCAAAUUGUUUAUUUUCCUCUCCCGUCAACGCUGCCAGUGAAGGUGAAUAAGUGUCUAGCGGGUGGAAUUGACAUGUACAAUAUGUGUAAAGCUUGACUUGACCCAAAGAGGGCGACUUGAGUGACUUCCUGGAAGUUUCAACAGAUUAACUAGACCAAACAACCAUUCUCUCUUUUUUUCUAGUGUUGUUUUUUUGUAUUAUUAUUUAUGCAUGCAACAUGGACAAGUUGUUUCACUGAUGAAGUCACAUAAUAUAAAAGUAAAGCUACUCCCAACAAGUCUUGUAUUUUAAGACAUUUUGUUCUAAUGGACAUGAGAUAAGAUGAGAUUACUCUUUAUCACCAGAAUUCUCUCCUGAAAUGUGUCUUGCAUCCCAAGACGUACACUGUUUCACAUAAAUCACAACAAAAACAUAUAACCAAACAACUAAGCAGAUACACACACACACUCAUUGCAUCAUACAUUAUGAAUUAUGCUAAUGUUAAUGUCGAUAUCAUCACUCCCUUUAACAUUUAGUGCUCAGCCCUCACAGGGACCUUCGAUGCACCAAAUCAAGCAAGUUACAUAUUUUUUAUGUUAAAUGUUACCAGGAUUAUUGUCACACAUCUGAAACACUGUUACACCGCGGUCCAUUGACACAAAUCAAUAAGAGAGCAUAUGGAAAAUGAUGAGAGAGAAAAAAAUUCAUCUGCUCAACAAUCAGUGUUGAUACAAGACGUACGCUGUAAAAUAAAAUGUAGAUAAAGCUACCUACAGUGGUGAAUAAUUGAAGUUAUUAUUCUUGAUCGGGGGGGAAAUAAGUUCUGAAAAUAGUCAGGGAGCUUUCACAGACACGCGUCACGUCAAGUUGAAAGUUGAAAGCACACCGAUAGGCACGGUGGAUGGAGUUGAGUUGCUUUUUAGUAAUUUUUGCAAUGAAAUUUAUAAAGUCAGUAGUUCCUUGCAUGAGUUAAAAAACCUUUUACUUAUUUAACAAGUAUCAUUUUUUUUAUCUUUUUGUUGCUGACAUACUUUCUGUUCGUUUCUAAAUCUUUUGUAUCCAAUCAUAAUUUAUUGAGUUUAAAGAUUGUAUACAGACAUUUUAUAUGACACUCGAGACUCUUGAAAUUGCACGUUUGCGUAUUAAAAUGUGGAAUAUAC